AUAAAACAGUAUUGGGGAUCCUCAAGACAUUAAAAAUAGAACUACUGGAAGUUGAGUUUGGGUCCAAACCCGCAAUCAUGGUGCAGGAAGCGGAAGAUGUAAGAGAUUACAAUUUGACUGAGGAGCAGAAGGCUAUCAAGGCCAAGUAUCCUCCAGUCAGUCGGAAGUACGAGUAUUUGGAUCAUACAGCCGAUGUCCAGUUACAUGCUUGGGGAGACACUCUGGAGGAAGCUUUUGAACAAUGUGCAAUGGCCAUGUUUGGUUACAUGACAGAUACUGGGACUGUGGAGCCCCUGCAAACAAUAGAAGUAGAAACCCAAGGCGAUGACUUACAAUCUCUUCUGUUUCACUUUCUGGAUGAGUGGCUUUAUAAAUUCAGUGCUGAUGAAUUCUUCAUACCCCAGGAAGUCAAAGUACUUAAUAUCGACCAAAGAAAUUUCAAAAUACGGUCAAUUGGGUGGGGAGAAGAAUUCUCAUUGUCCAAGCACCCUCAGGGAACUGAAGUCAAAGCAAUAACCUACUCAGCAAUGCAGGUCUAUAAUGAAGAGAAGCCAGAAGUUUUUGUGAUCAUUGACAUUUAAGAUACCAAAAAAAAAAAAAAAAGAUUACUAUGAAGAACUGUUUUUUUCUCUUCCUUUUGACAAUAUACCAUGAUAUAAACUCUACAUGGAGAAUUUAUAUAUGGAGUUUUGCAGAACAGAAAUUUUUGACUUAAAGUGUGACUUUCAGAAAUGGAAAAUCAAGGUACAGCCUUGGUCUUUGUUACCCAAACAGUCAAAUUUUAAAUAAGUCUCUAAGUGGCAA